CUCUGUGGCCCCCUUGGUCGAUCUUUUCCGUACUUCGUUUAUACAUGUAUAAUGUUAGUGAUUUUAACUCCCAAUUCUUAUUGUACAAUAAACGACCUUUGGUCGAUUUUGAUUUCCUAUCGAGGGUAAAGUGUGAGACGAAGACAGCUUUCUGAGAUUAAGCAUUGGGGCCUGUAAGUGCCAAACAUUAUUAGGCUAAUUCACCUUACUACAAUAACAUAGUUAACGGACGAUACCAACUUACAUCUUGCUCCAUGCAGUGACUCGAAUGACUUCUGUGGUGCAAUGGAGACGCAACGGAAGAACAUGAGGACACCCCAGAUGAAAUCCCUGGUCUCCGAUCUUGAUUACUACGCAGAGGCGUAUCGCUCCUACGCGGGAUUCUACAGUCACAAAAUCAAGUUGUAUCAGAAGUGGGCAGACGACGUCUUUCUUCCUAUCGCAGGAGAAAAGCUUCAGGAAUCCUUUCAAGGGGAACAGGAGUUCAGGAUCCUCGGUAUUGGGAGUGGAGGAGGUGAGAUUGAUGUCUGUCUCCUGGAACGGCUAUCAGCUAGGUUCUCAUGCAUCAAUAACACUGUCGUCGAGCCUGCGACAGAUGCCAUCUCGAAAUACAAUGCCCUUCUCGGUGAGAAAGCGACCAGCCUUCCCGGGGUAACAACGCACUUGAAGCAGACGACCAUCGAGGAAUUUUGCGCGGAAACGCGGGAGAACUCGAGUUCGAGCGACUCGCGCCCAAAAUUUCACCUCAUCCACGCGAUCUCGAGCUUGUAUCACGUGGAUGAUUUCAAGAAGGUGAUCAGAGAGAUGUAUGAGAUGCUGGAAGAAGGAGGCGUGAUGCUCAUCAUUGUGAUGACAGAUGAUCACGUCAUCUACCGAAUGUGGGAUAACUUUCCAUUCCUCGUUGGUCAACAGCAGGAGGCACUCGCUAAGAACUUAUCCAGCAAAGACAUUACAACAGCUCUCGAAGACCUCGGCAUUGCCUACUCCUUGCAGACGGUCAAUUGCAGGACCGACGCGAUCUCUUGCUUUAACCCGGAAUCCGUGGAAGGGGGUAAAGUCCUCGACUUUUUAACCAACACAAUACGAUUCAGGGAUACUGCACCUGCAGAGAUGUGUGACGAGGUCUUGGGAUUCCUGCGCGUCAUCUGCUCCGAUGCGUCUGGAUCCGAUGGUGGGGCAAAGGAAGAACUGAAAGAAGGGGUACCCAAGGAGAAGGAUCACAGAGACAACGAGUUGCGUUUUAACAGGGAUUGGCAGUCGGUGAUUGUUUUUCGCUAAGAUAAUUUUGCAAAUUUUCAUUAUUAUGGAAGAUUCAAAUGAUGUAAUAAAGUAUAACGUGAAGGACUUUAAUGUCACAGUCGUACCGCCGAAACUACGUUCAGACCGACCAAAAGCCAUUGCGUUAUUUCCAAUGACAUAUCAAUCGAUCGGUUUGGAGUCGGUUUCGUUGGUGUGACUGUAGUACAAAUGAGUACCGGUAUAUAGUGUUCAAGGCAUCAAUUAAGCAAGUACAAAGUAGACUUAUCCAUGAUGCAACUGGUGUCGACCGGUAUAACUUGGCUACUGCGUUAUUGGUGAGGGACGGUGGGAUUUGAUUAUUCUUAUUAUUUUCAAGAAGAACUUCAGUUAUGAAGCCUGAUGAACAAGUGUCCAACACCCGACAAAAAAAUGAGACACAGUGGGUCACUAGAAGGCGUGGUGCUGAAUUAUUAUUCUUAGUCGGUUGAAAAACUACGGUUGCAUUUUCGUUCGCUGCAAGAAAUUGGAGAUUAAAUUGGUUGGCAUUAACCCGUUGAAUGUUAUCGUGCGCCAGACGAUCAGAUCAGUCAAAGGCAGAGGCCGAGGAAUUUCUCUAAGAUCGCCCUCUCUUGUUUGUGAUCGGUAAAUGAGGAGAAGGCUUUUCGGGGGGGGGCGGCUCGAGAUUUUCAGCUCAGUUUGGAAUCCACAGGUUCCUUAUCGUUAUUCAACUGAUGUGUCACGAUAAAAACGAACGGAUGCUUGGCGAUAAUUUGUAGAUAAUAGACCCUAUAUCUCAACAGCUUAGUCAAUCGGGCAGUUAUAUGGAAAAUGGUUCCAUACUCAUCCUUCAGGAACGGGGCGGGGACAGAGCUGUCUGUAUAAAAUUUAGAUUGCAUGUUUAAAAUCAAUCAAAUGAUAUGAAUAUACAAAUAUAAAAAAUCAACAUGUUAUGAAUUACAAUGAUGUUUUUGGGAGAGCUUGGAAGAAGAUAUAUUGCAAACUGGUCUCCCCUCUCUCCGUCUUGUAAGUAUAGACCACUGUCGCCCUUUUUGGUGAUAUUUUGCCCGGGUGCCAGCUGCAUGGUGUCACGUAUAGCACAUUCAUGUCUUCAGUCUCUUAAAAUGCGCAUCAUGACCAAUCGCUGUACUUGUGUAACAUGUCAUGUUAUAUACAAAUAUCACACUUUCUUGCUUUUACUUAUGCCGUCUAGGUCAUGUCGGUAGCACCCCAAACAGGGGAUUUGAUAAUAAUUUUUUCCAUGUGUCAAGUUCAGCGGCGUGCAAGAUGUAGCGGGCCCUCCCGCCUGUGAGCUGAACUUGAGGGGGACGGGGUGCCGCUGGGUUUCGGAGUGGUCCAGCUAUGGUGGUGACGGCCUGGAUGCCACAAGUUUAUUCGAUCCACUUUGGGGAAUAUCAAAAUUAAUAAUACUGUCGAUGAUGAUGAUCUAUUGUAAAGCGCAGCUAUGAGCAUAAUGUGGAGCGUUGUGGCCCAGUGGAUUAGUCUUCUGACUUUAAAACAGAGGGUCGUGGGUUUGAAUCUCAGCCUUGGCGUAAUUUCCUUCAGCAAGAAAUUUAUCCACAUUGUGCUGCACUCAACCCAGGUGAGGUGAAUGGGUACCCGGCAGGAUUAAUUGAUUGAAUGCAUGAGCGCUGAAAGGGGGCUCCAGCUAAAGUCGGGGUAAUAAUAAUAAUAACAUCGCACCUCGGAAUAGAAUAUUCUAGAUAGAUGGCGCUAUAUAAAUGCCUAUCAAUAUUAUUUUGCGUUUACAUUUUGAACCUGCAGACAUUACAAGCUCUGCUUUUUAUGCAGGUUCCUUCAUAUUUCACUUUGAUUUACUGCCAUUUUCAUUAUACUCUGUAUUGUGUAUGUAUCAAAUGCAUUUCUUGUAUUAUAUCAUGUUAUCAUAAUCAUUUUUCUCUGAAGUACGAAAACAAAUUCAAUUUAAUUCAAUAAUUCAAUUCAAUUUUCCUGGAUUGUAGCUAGGACCUAGCUGACACUCUUGCUGGAAAGAACACUUUGUCACACAGUGUGAUCACAGUGUGUUCACAUAGCGGACUAUGUGAAAAUAUUAUUCACACUGUUAAAUUGCUCAAUUUCAACAGUGUGAAUAUAUUUUCACACUGUGGACACCUCGACAGUGUGACUGUUCACAACGUGUUUACACGGUCGAAUAUAUGUGAAUAUGUGAUUUACACGGUUGAAAUGCUCAAAUUCAACAGAGUGAAGGUGAUUUCACAUUAUGUUCCACACUGUGAACACACUGUGGGUCACUAGCUGUGUUCAUUCCAGUAGGGACAAUCCCAUGAAUACAGUAUUUGCUAACACAUUGAAGGUGCAUCCUACCACCCAUAUCUCGCCGAGGUCGCGACUGGCACGUUGUGAAUGAAUUCAUGAGAACCUAAUCAUGCUAUUACCAUGGCUGGGAUUCGAACCUAUGACAAUCCGUUUUAAGAGGCGAGAGUCGGAACCACCAGACCAGAAGAAGACAGAAUAAAGAAUAAGAGGGAAGUAAGAAGAGCAGGGGAAAUAGUAAUUUGAUUACCCCUGCAAUUAAGCAAAAUACUAGGUCGUCGUCCUGGCCAUCAUUUCCUGUUCUUAUCUCUAUUAGUGAUAAACAAAUUCAGUAGGCAAUUUCACUAAAUGUUUGAUAGAACUAAAAACAGAAAUAGACGGAAAUGUGAUCGACGAUAAACUCUCGACCUUUUGAAACGUGUAUAGUUACGUAACAAAUUGUCUUAAUCAAGACCAUUACGCCCGCGUGUUGUAUGUCCGGACGGGUUGAUUGUCCCCAAAAGACGGUAAUUUUCACGAACUUUGCGAUCAAUAUUCAUCAAACGAUUGAAAGAUGUAUUACACAAUACCAUGGAGCUACUAUAGUAACUCCAUUAUAUAGCCAUAAUUUCACAAUUAUUUUUGGUAUAUUAAAUACACGAAUUUUGAGAAAAUAAAGACCAUCAUGGACGUAUGCAUAAUUUCUUUCCGAGGGGGUAAGGCGCAUACUUUUUUCUACGAAACUCGAAUUAAGAGAGGGAGCGAAGCGACCGAGUUUGAUGCUUCUGCAUAUUGCAAGGUGAAAUUGAAGGAUAUUUGGUGAGUUUUAUGAAAGUUUUAAAAUGUUUCUGGGGGCAAUUGCAUCCCCCCCCCCCCCAUGCACGCGGCCAUGGUGGUGAAGCUGGCCAUGGUUGCUCCAUCCCGAAUGUGAUGAUUGCAAAGUCAAUUCGAGCUCAACAAUAAGACGAUUUGAUUAAAGGAG